AUGGAAGGUUCUAUAUGGGGAGCUUCGGAGUUUCCGUGCACGGAGGACCAACAGGUUGAACCGACAUUCCCAAAUCAGGAACAGGGCUAUUUGGGCCCAUAUCAUUCCUAUGCACUGAUGACUGCUACUCCAUAUCCUUCCCGGUCAGCAUCCGGCAUGGUGCACGCAGAUCCAACCAUCCCCGAUCUUUCACCCGCCUUCUUGCCCUGGCUGAUAGAUGACAAUAUACCGACACAUAUCCCAGCCCAUGGCAAUAACGUUAACACUCAAUUAACCCCGGCCACGUACAAUUCAUCUCAGGGUCAUCCCCAAGAGCACCCUCACAUCCCGAGCCCUAAUAUCCAGCAUCCAUCUCAGCCACCGACCAACAACCAUACUAGAACAAUUGAUCAGAAAGCCAAGACCCAGUCCAAAACAGCCAAAUCCAAAACCAACAGCUCAACCAAGCCAAAAAAGUGGCGCUGCGACCGGAAGGGCUGUAAAUACAAGGGCACGUUCGCCCGCAAAGCAGAGCUGAAGCGCCAUAUUGAAUCCUUGCACGUUGCCCCUGGUUCGCAUGAGUGUCCGUUUUGCGGGAGGCAGCAUAAUCGUAAGGAUAAUCUUACUUCGCAUUUGAAGACUGUGCAUUGA